AUGAUCGGUUCCUGGUACGUUUAUAAGGUCUUGGCUCCAAACCCUUCCGUUUCUUUAUCAUCCCAGCAAACAACAACAUCCAUUGAAAAUCAACAAAUAGUAGUUGACGAUCAACUCGAAUACGACGACGAAUACUAUAGUGAAAUGGCUGCAUUCAAUCGACAACAAGGCAACGGCAGUGAAACACGAUCGAUUGUUGGUGGAAAUUUUACUGAUGAUGAUUCGAAUUUUUCCGAUAAAGCCCGUACAAAUCUAAUUAUUAAUUAUUUACCACAAACUAUGACACAAGAUGAAAUUAAAGAUCUAUUUGGUUCAAUUGGUGCCGUUGAAUCGUGUAAGCUUGUACGAGAUAAAACAACAGGCCAAAGUCUUGGUUAUGGUUUUGUUAAUUUUAUUCGUUUGGAAGAUGCUGAAAAGGCAGUGACAACCAUGAAUGGUCUUCGAUUACAAAAUAAAACCAUUAAAGUUUCUUUUGCUCGUCCUUCUUCGGAGUCAAUCAAAUUCUCCAACCUCUACAUUUCAAAUCUCCCACGUUCGAUGACUCAGCAGGAGCUCGAGAGUUUGUUUGCUGAUUUUGGUUGUAUUAUUUCGUCGAAAAUUCUUUGCAACCCUAAAGCAGGUGCAUCGAAAAGUGUAGGAUUUAUUCGUUUUGAUCAACGAUCAGAAGCUGAAAUGGCUAUUAGUAAACUUAAUGGUACUAUUCCAAAAGGUUUUACCGAACCAAUAACUGUUAAAUUUGCUAAUACGCCCAAUGCAGCCAAAUCUAUGAUUGGUUUACCAUUAGCACCAUCCUAUUUACCCGGUCUUUCAGCAUCACAACAGCCUGUGCUUACUACAGCGCCACCUAUGCGUCAACAAAUGAAUAGGUACAGAGAAACACAUGAACGAUCCAAAUAUCGAUAUUCACCAUUAUCUCCCGCUGAUUUCUUUGCUGCUGCUACUGCAUCGUAUCUACCUGCGGCUGCCGCAGCAGUAUCAACUACAACAUUAGCACCAUCGACUGAUAUUGCAUCUGUUGGUUGGUGUAUAUUUGUUUAUAAUUUGGCACCUGAGACCGACGAAAAUAUUCUAUGGCAAUUAUUCGGACCAUUUGGUGCUGUACAAAAUGUUAAAAUAAUACGCGAUUUUCAAACACAAAAAUGUAAAGGCUUUGGUUUUGUAACAAUGUCUAAUUAUGAUGAAGCAUUAAUGGCCAUUAAUUCGCUCAAUGGUUUUACACUUGCUAAUCGUGUCUUACAAGUAUCAUUUAAAACAAAUAGACCAAUGCCUAUUCGCGCUUUCUAG